AUGGAUAAGGAGGCCAAUGACUUGAGUUUACCGUCGUAUGUAUCCCCGAGCGGGCAUACAUUCUUCUUUGGGCCAGUCAACAAAGGCCAGUAUGCGCGAGAACAUCAAGGUCAACUCUACUGGAAUCCUUUCUUCGAGAUUUUCCUCUACCUCCACGACGAGAAUGGAAACCAAACAGAUCGACUGGUUAAAGUGAGGUUCAUUCUUCAGUCUUCUGUUGCUGAUCCCUACAGCGUUGAUGCCACUGACUUCGUUGCCUUCGAUCCUCGAGAGCACUUUCUUCUUCGCGAUAUUUGGUGUUCAACAAAUGAGCCGGAAAUCAACGAGGUCGAGAAAAGAGUUAUCUUCUGUUUUCACGAAGAUCAGUACCAGAAUCUUUUGGCCGCAGGUUAUCCUCUUCAUCAGAUCAUCGGAUUUGAGGAACAUUUCGGAGAGAUCAUCGAGGACGGGCCAGUAAAAGAGAUGCUUCGACAAGAAUUUUCGUUCUUCAAGGAACUGGUACAUACUGUCUCCACUCGACGAAAGGCAUGGAAGCUCUUUGAUCCUCUUUGCGAAAUAGACGACUCGUACGCACACCUGAAAUACCAAUUCCAGCGCCGCACGACCCACAAGGCCGAUCGAAAAUUCAAGAAGAUCCUGAACGGAAUCAUUGACAAGCACUUCACCAAUGACUUUCUCUCCCUGAAGCCAAUCUUUGCUCCUGCUGUCGAGAAUUCUACCUGA